AUGCCUUCCAACAUCUCCAAGAUCCUCGUCGCUGCCCUCGCUGCCGGCGUCUCCGCCCUCCCCUACGACUCUAAUUCCUCAAGCUGGGCCACUUCGACCACAUCCGCCGUCGCCGCGGCUGCGACGGUCGAUAACACUGCCCUGAUCGAGAAGCUCAAGGACGCGCCUCGUGCCAUCGACCGCUUCAAGCUCCUGCUCACCAAAGACGGGGCAGGCAACGAGCUGCUGCCGGCGGACGAGCUGCAGAAGGUCAUCGCCUUCGACUUCACGGCCGACGUCGACCCGGGCCAGGGCAAGGGCGGCGCGGCCAAGGCGGCGCAGAUCAACAACUUCCCCAUCCUCACCGACCUGGGCAUCUCGACGACCGUCGGCUUCCUGGGACCGUGCGGGCUCAACACGCCGCACACCCACCCGCGCGCGACCGAGUUCCUCACGCUGGUCGAGGGCUCGAAGCUGGACUUCGGCUUCAUCGUCGAGAACGGGCUCGUCGCCGAGGGCAACAACGCCGAGGUCGCGGGGACCCUGGACAGGCUCGCCGGCGCCGUGUUCCCCAUCGGCUCCAUCCACUACCAGUUCAACCCCACGUGCGACAACGCCACCUUCGUCGCCACCCUCAACAGCGUGGACCCCGGCACCAGCCAGGUUGCGCAGAACUUUUUUGGCUUGAACGGCGACAUCGUCCAGGCCACGCUUGGCUUCCCGGAGCAGCUGGACGGCGCGGACCUCGAGGCUUUCAAGGCGAAGAUCCCGGCGAAUGUGGCUCUCGGCGUAGAGCAGUGCCUGCAGACCUGCAACAUCCCUAAGAACUAA